AUGGUUCCCAGAGUUUCAGAAAACUAUGGUAAAUCUGUUGAUGGUAAUGUUUCUAAGCAGAGAGACUGGAACUCAGAGAUGGAUUCCAGGGGAAAGGACAUUGAUGCUGGAGAGGAGAAUGAUGUAGGAGCUACCAGUGCGGGCGGCGUUGACCCACUUGUAGUGGAGAGCUGGGUGCAAGAAAUGGAGAAAAUGUUGGUAGUAUUAUCUUGCACCGAGGCACAGAAGGUUCUCUUCACUACCUUUAAGCUAACAGGGGAGGCCAAACGUUGGUGGCAAGCAGUGAAGCUGCUAGAGGAACAGCGGUACAUUGCGAAGUUCAUGGAGCUCUCUAGUUUUGCACCUUUUAUGGUUCCAAAUGAAUUCCAGAAGGCGAGGUGGUUUGAAAGGGGAUUGAAAUCUAGAAUUCACAAACAAGUGGUAGUCCUGAAGGUACAGAGCUUUUUAGAGUUGGUGGAUAAAGCCACCGUGGCAGAACUGAGUCUGCAGAGGAGUGCAGAGAUGGCAGAGCAGAGGAAGAGGCCUAUGCCUCCCAGUUUUUCUAAUGAUGCCAGAUAG